AUGCUGGAGAUCAGGCACCGGGGAGGCGGCCCCGGCCCCGGCUUGGGCCCCGGGGGGACCGCGACGCCUCCUUCUCCUCCUCCUCCUCCUCCACCGCCCCGCGAGGGCGAGGUGGCGGGCGGCGAUCACGAAACCGAGAGCACCAGCGACAAAGAGACAGAUAUUGAUGACCGAUAUGGAGAUUUGGAUUCCAGAACGGACUCUGAUAUUCCAGAAAUCCCGCCAUCCUCAGAUAGAACACCUGAGAUCCUCAAGAAAGCUCUGUCUGGUUUAUCUUCAAGGUGGAAAAACUGGUGGAUUCGUGGAAUUCUUACACUAACUAUGAUUUCAUUGUUUUUCCUGAUCAUCUAUAUGGGAUCUUUUAUGCUGAUGCUUCUUGUUCUGGGCAUCCAAGUGAAAUGCUUCCAUGAAAUCAUCACUAUAGGUUAUAGAGUUUAUCGUUCUUAUGACCUACCAUGGUUUAGAACACUUAGCUGGUAUUUUCUCCUGUGUGUCAACUACUUUUUCUAUGGUGAGACUGUAGCUGAUUAUUUUGCAACUUUUGUUCAAAGAGAAGAGCAACUUCAGUUCCUCAUUCGCUACCAUAGGUUUAUAUCAUUUGCCCUUUAUCUGGCAGGUUUCUGCAUGUUUGUGCUCAGCUUGGUGAAAAAACAUUAUCGUCUGCAGUUUUAUAUGUUCGCAUGGACUCAUGUCACUUUGCUGAUAACCGUUACUCAGUCACAUCUUGUCAUCCAAAAUCUGUUUGAAGGCAUGAUAUGGUUCCUUGUCCCAAUAUCAAGUGUUAUCUGCAAUGACAUAACUGCUUACCUCUUUGGAUUUUUUUUUGGAAGAACUCCCUUAAUUAAGUUGUCUCCUAAAAAGACUUGGGAAGGAUUCAUUGGUGGUUUCUUUUCCACAGUCAUAUUUGGAUUCAUUGCUGCCUACGUGUUGUCCAAAUACCAGUACUUUGUCUGCCCAGUGGAAUACCGAAGUGAUGUAAAUUCCUUCGUUACAGAGUGUGAACCUUCAGAACUUUUCCAGCUGCAAGACUAUUCACUUCCUCCCUUUUUAAAAGCAGUGUUGAGAAGGGACACAGUGAGCUUGUAUCCUUUCCAGAUACAUAGCAUUGCGCUCUCAACUUUUGCAUCUUUGAUUGGCCCAUUUGGAGGCUUCUUUGCCAGUGGAUUCAAAAGAGCUUUCAAAAUCAAGGAUUUUGCAAACACCAUUCCUGGGCAUGGAGGGAUAAUGGACAGAUUUGAUUGUCAGUAUUUGAUGGCAACAUUUGUGCAUGUGUACAUCGCAAGUUUUAUAAGAGGUCCGAAUCCCAGCAAAUUGCUACAACAGCUGUUGGUGCUUCAACCAGAGCAGCAGUUAAAUAUAUACAGAACCCUGAAGACUCAUCUCAUUGAGAAAGGAGUCCUGCAGCACACCUUGAAGGUAUAACUGACUGGAUCCAGAGAUGGGAAGGACUGAUGAAUUCCACAGAAAAGCACUGAAGUUAUACAAAUUGUACAUAAAAAUGGUUGAAAAUGCAAUAGAUUGAACUUUUAUAGACAUGAAUGUUUUACUCUGAAAUUACUGUGAAUAUUUAACAAACACUUGAUCUAAGUUAUGAAAUAAGCAGCAAAUUGUCAGUAAAAUAUCCUGUACUUUUUCUAAAGUGUAUUUUCUGAUGUUGACUUCCUUCCCCUUACAUGCUAGGUUUCAUAACUUAAAAGACGUGUGUUAAGAGUCAAGCAGUAGCAAAUGAGUGAAAUGAGAAUGUCUUAAGAUUGCACCUGGCAGUGUGUCCUUUGCACAAAUAUUUACUUUUGCACUUGGAGCUGCUUUUAAUGUUAGCAAAAUAUUUUAUGUAAGGCACAAUAGGAAGUUAGUUCUCCUGUUCUUCCUCUUUCUUUUCUUUUUUCUUUUUUCUUUUGUCUAAAGUAUUUUCUGGAGGGCUGUUGGAUUUUAAAAAGGAAAGAUUUGUCUACUUUUUUCUUUUUUUAAGUAAUCAUUUGCCAGGAGAAAAUAUUCCACUUUCAGGUAGGCUCAAAAUGAGAGGGGCAAAAAAAAAAAAACAGAUAAACUACUUAAAUUAUUUGGAAAAACAGGACUUUGCAAAAACAGUUUUCAGGAGAAGCAGAAGAGAGUUUUACUAUGAACAACGCAAUGUAUGAACCAGUGAUCUCAACACAUGUAGCUCAGGAAACAGCCUUAGGCAGAGACGUGGGGCUCAAGUCACUUAUUGGCCAAGUUUCUGCUUUUUACAUUUCCCCAUGAGUUGGUUUUUCUGAGUUCUGGAGCCACCAGCACACCAGAUGGACAGAGUUGGAGUUGGCCACAGCAGAAAGAGGAAUUUGGCCAAGAGAGUGUGAUCAGUUUUUAGAUGAAAGAAAGUUGAUAGACACCGGGUACCCAUCCUAGCAGGUUUGGACUUCCCACAUCAACCGUCUGAAAGAGCUGUGUGGAGACUGGAGCACGAACUCACUCCAUAGUAGCAGCUAAUCUUUGUUUCAUAACUUUCAUAUCAUGUCACAAA